GUUAAGGAAGCCUGUGUAGGUCUUGCAGGAAAUAAUUAAAAGAUAUAUCAGCAAUAAAUGUAUACAGAUACAAGUAUAUGAAGCAGCAGUGAGUUGUAAGACAUUGGCAGCGUAUGCAAUAUUAGCAAUGACUUGAUAUUUUGAACUACCAUUACUACAUGCAUUAUUGUUAUACUAUAUAUUUUAUAUCCACAGCACCAUUCUUAGUGGUUAGAAUGCAUGUAACCAGAGGACACCGGGUUCAAAGCUCGGUGCUGCUACCAUUAUCUUCUGCUGUUCGUUUACAACAGAAUUGUGACAUAGAAUACCAUGUUUAAAACUGUUAGCUUUGGUGUGGUGUGUUUUGGGCAUGAUGGUUAACGGUAAUUGCUCUAACUCAGUGGUCACUAAUGGGUUUCCCAUUUGUUGGCAAUGCAUAGAAAUAAAACAGCCUUCCAAAACUUUUUAAUAACUAUAUUUUUAUGUUAAAACAAAUGUCUUAUUCAAUUAAGCAGAGAAUAAGAUGCAGGUAAGCGUCUUUGUGCUUGUUCUGUUUUGUUUGUGUUUGUCUGUGUAUGGAAAGAACAAACACGAGGGUAGUAUCAAGCAUGAUGAUCCAAUGUUGAACACUGAGACACCAAACUACAAAGAAUAUUGUGUUAUUGGUGCUGGACCAGGUGGACUUCAAAUCGCUUAUUAUCUUGAGUCUUCUGAAAGAGAUUAUAUUGUCUUUGAAAAAGGCCAUGGUGCUGGGACAUUCUACAACAAGUUUCCAAUUCAUAGGAAAUUAAUCAGCCUCAAUAAAGUUUACACGGGUAAAACUAACAAGGAGUUUAACAUGAGGCAUGACUGGAACUCCCUUUUAAGCAAUGAUGAAAGCCUUCUUAUGACCAAAUACUCGGAGGAGUUUUUCCCACCAGCAGAUGUACUUGUACAAUACUUAAACGAUUAUGCCACAAAACUGAACCUGAAAGUUCAAUACAACUCAACCAUGCAUGAUAUCUUGAAACGAAAAGAUGGUUUAUUCCAAAUGUGGGAUCAACAUAACAACGCAUAUACUUGUAAAUAUGUCAUUGUAGCAACUGGAAUAGCAAAGCCAAACCAUAUUGACUUUCCAGGAUCUGAUCUGACUGUACCUUAUGAGGAUUUAACUCUUGAUCUAAAGCCUUAUGAAGGAAAGAAUGUUUGGAUUCUCGGGCGUGGGAACUCUGCGUAUGAAGUCGCACAACAUAUUAUGGGGGUUACAAACUUUAUUGCAAUGAUGGCGAAAACAAGGACAAGGCUAGCUUGGGCAACUCACUAUGUGGGUGACUUGAGGGCCAUUAAUAAUGACCUGCUCGAUAAUUAUCAACUCAAGUCAUUGGAUGGACUAUUUGAAGGUGAUGUGACAGUGUUGAACUUAAAGAGAAGCAACCUUACAGGGAGAAUAUACACACUUGAACCUGGUAGCGAUAGAGAUACCAUCCCGGGUGGAAAGGAUGUAAAAAAGUUCCAAACCGACCCAACACGAAGAGGAUUUGAUCAUGUGAUUACCUGCCUUGGUUUCAAGUUCGAUGAUUCAAUCUUUCAUCCCUCCAUUAAACUUAGAAAAAGUGGCAGAUCCACCUCUAAAGGAAAGUAUCCGCUCAUCAGCCCAAUGUAUGAAUCCUUGGAUGUUCGGAACUUAUAUUUUGCUGGUACAAACACACACAGCUUGGAUUGGCGUAAAUCAGCUGGUGGGUUCAUCCAUGGCUACAGAUACACAGUACGUACUUUACAUCGGAUCAUGGAAUGGACACACCAUGGGGUUCAAUGGCCGGCUGUCAAGUUCUCAAACCCGCUGGAUCUACUGCCUCAUGUUUUAAAGAGAGUUAAUGAGGCUUCGGAUAUUUAUCAAAUGUUCUCCGAGAUUUGCGAUGUCAUAAUCUUCGGCGAGGACAAGAUUUCCUCCGAAUAUCUGGAAAGUUUCCCGUGCCCAUUGGUCAGUAUCCUGCCGCAUGUAAGUGGCCACAAAGUCCCAGGCUCGGUUAUGGUCCUUUCAAUGGAGUAUGGUAAAAAUUUCUCCGGUGUGGGGAAAGAUGUUUUUCAUGGGAAAAGAGCGGCCAGGGAUCCAAGAGAAGGCCACAAAGCCAGCUUGUUACACCCUGUGAUAUAUUACUAUGGAAAGUUGUUUACAACUGCAGACCACAUCCAUAAACAUAAGCAGUGGGUUCUUCCUGUCCCUGAUCGCAUUGUGAGUUUAAUUGAGGAGUUCACGACAAAAUUCGACGCAGAAAGAUCUCAUGUCCUUAUGUUUAGAAGAUUUAUAGAAGACAGCAUUGGUGUUGAUAUGAGACAUUGGUUUGCGAACCAAUGCCUUAAAUUGUCACUCACCGAAACAAACAUCCCCCUUGGUUGUCAGACUCCAUCCUUACCUGCUGUAACAGAUUUUAUCUCAAACACAGUGAACGCAACUCCUACAUACCAGCAGCCAUUAGUUGAACUUGAUGUUACGAACAAUCAUAGAAAUUACAUCAAGUAUCUUCCUAGAUAUGUAACUAAACUAAAAUAGAGGUGUAAAUACUCAUUACUAUUGAUUGAUGCAUUGUAAAAUUACAAUUUGACAACAACAGCAGCAUAGAACAUGAUGCAUAAAUAUUAGAGAAGAAGUAGAGAAAGAUUAAAUACUUGUUUUACAGUUAUUGAUUCUUGUAAAGUACUCUUUAUGGUAAAAUUACACCAAAUUUAAAUGUAAUUUCUAAUUUGGAAACGGUAACAGAACGGAGAAAAUUUAUAAUGUGUAUAAAAUAUGAAUUGUAUUUACUUUGAAUGUAAUGCCAAAAGUCAUAUUAUUUAAAAAUUAAAAAUCUAUAAUUGAUGAUAAAACAAUGGUUGUUCUGACACAUUAAUGUUAAAAUAUUGAGCGGUUAAACCAAAGACAUAGUGAAUUCCAUAACAAAAAUGAAUCAAAUUGUACUAAAAAUAAUGCGAAAGUUCUAAAUGUAACUAUUGUGAUGAUUGUGUGUUUUAUUGAUAAAGAUUUUUUUUAUUAUUGUGUUUCUUGAUAUUAUGCAGACAGCAGUCAACUGAAUAUAUUGCAUUUUUCACUGGACUUUUCAUAAUCUGCAAGUUGUAAUUUUUUAAUUAAAUGGCUAAUUACUAAAAACUGUUUUAUAUAAAAAUUGAACCACAGAAAUUGUUUCAUAAUCUAUUUGAGCACUGCUAUUUUUGUUAAAUGUGCCAAUAUAAAGUUGAACUAAUCAGGUUCAUAAUAAUGUUUUAAUUGAAU